ACAUUUAUAGCUUAAAACCUGCCGGUAAUCGUCCUUUGUAAGCACACAACAAUAAUUACCACUCUCGAGUUCCCCUAGAAGAUAAUAAUUUAAUAAAUACCAAAAUUUAGCAUUUACUGCCACUUUCUCUCUGUCUGUCUGCAUUUUCUCUCUCUGAAAGAUGUUUGGCUUUCAUGGGUUUCCUUGGACCUUUUCUUGUUUGGACUGUUGUUGUUUUUUUACCCCUGUUGUCUUUCGUGCUUGGUUUUAGUCAUCAUGGUGGGUGGUAGUUUAUAAAAGUGCAGGGAACUAAAGGCGUACGUGUCUUGGAUCUUGAUCUGGUGUUUGUGUUUUGGUGUCUGGUUUCUGAAAAUGGUGGGGGGCUUUAUUUGGGUUCUGUUGGUGUUAGUGUUUUGAGGUAUUGGUGUCUGAAUCAGAAGGGUUUGUUUGCUUUUUUUUUGUUUCUUAUAGGCAGAAGGGGUUUGUUUUGGCGGUUGUUACUUGUUUUAGUAUAGGUAUUUUGUGGUGGUGUUGGUGAAAAGUAGGAGUGAGAUAUAUACAUAUAUAUGGGGAGAUCACCCUGCUGUGACAAAAGGGGUCUGAAAAAGGGGCCAUGGACUCCCGAGGAGGAUGAGAUUCUUGUUGAGUAUAUCAACAAGAAUGGUGGGCAUGGAAGCUGGAGGUCUCUCCCUAAUCUUGCAGGUCUUCUUCGCUGUGGGAAGAGUUGCCGGCUUCGGUGGACAAAUUAUCUUCGACCAGACAUCAAACGUGGCCCCUUCACCCCCGAGGAAGAGAAGCUCGUCAUACGGCUUCAUGGAAUUCUUGGAAACCGGUGGGCUGCCAUUGCCUGUCAAUUACCAGGGAGAACUGACAAUGAGAUAAAGAAUUUGUGGAACACUCACCUGAAGAAGCGCCUCAUUUGCAUGGGCCUUGACCCCCAAACACAUGAGCCUGUUACCUCUUGCAGUACAAAUAUCAAAGCAUCUGCUUCUCCUACCACUCGCCACAUUGCACAGUGGGAAAGUGCAAGGCUUGAAGCUGAAGCUCGGCUUUCAACGGAGUCAUCACUCUUCAAUCCAGUUCCUGUGGGAGGUUCUGAUUCUGACUAUUUUCUUCGCAUAUGGAACUCCGAAGUUGGAGAAUCAUUUAGAAAGUUCAGUAUGGGUGAAAAAACUCUCUGCCAGAACUCAGUUUCUCAGGCAUCUUCAUCAACCAAGUGUGGGUCAAUUUCUCCUGUCACGACGGAGAUUGGCACCAUUUUAGCUGGUUCCUCAGCCACAGGAAGAAAUCGAAAUGAAGAUAUUGAGUGCAAGAGCUUCAAAUCCUACACUGACGAGAGGAUAGCCGCGUAUGAUUCGUCAAGCUCUGAUGAGUUAGAGGAUUCCUCAGACAACACAAUACAGCUGCUGUUUGAUUUCCCCAUCAACAAUGACAUGAGCUUUUUGGAAGAAGACAUAGAUAAGUAUGCAAUGCCUCCUGCCAUGUUGACAGAAAACUCCUUCAUGUGCCCCCUCUAAAACAUGCUUCAAAAACAAGUUGCUUCUGGGGCUUGUGUUGUUUUACCUUUUUUUUUUCACUUUUAGUAUUUAAGCUACUGAAGCCAUAUUUAAGAGUACUUUGGUGAUUUUUUUGGCUGAGUGCAGUUAGAAAUGGCGCCUUACCAUUUACUAGGUUUUGUUUAUUAGACCUGGUUUGUUCAGUAUAAUAUAGGAGGCUCCUCUCUUUAGAAAUUUCAGUGCUAGAUAAGCACGUA